UGGCUCCGGCGGUGGCAGCGGAGGCGGCGGCGGGUGCAGCGGCGGCACCGCCUCCUCCUCACACGCCCGGGGUGGCGGGGUUAGAUGAGCGGCCCCAGUAGUGGCGAGGGCGGCGCGGGGGGGAGGAGGAGAAGAAGGAGGAGAAGGAGGAGGUCGCUGUCUUUGUAGUCUCAGCUGCUGCGGGAGCCAGAGGCCGCCGCCGGAGCCGUCGUCGUUGGAAAAGGGCUGUGUGUGCGCGCGCGUGUCUGCCUGCCCGGCCCGCGGGGACGAGGCGGCGGCGGCGAGGAGGAUGAUGUGCGCAGCUACCGCCUCUCCUGCCGCCGCCUCCUCGGGGCCCGGCGGAGAGGGAUUCUUCCCGGCCGCUACCAUCUCUUCCUCCCCGGCGCCGGGGGCGCUGUUCAUGCCGCUUCCCGAGGGCUCCUUGGCGGCCGCGGGGCUGGGGCUGGGGCUGCCGGCCCCGGACUCCCGGGGUCACUACCAGCUGCUCCUGUCAGGCCGGGCCCUGGCCGACCGCUACCGGAGGAUUUACACAGCUGCGCUCAGUGACAGGGACCAGGGGGGCAGCAGCGCUGGACACCCGGCCUCCAGGAAUAAGAAAAUUUUAAAUAAGAAGAAGUUGAAAAGAAAACAGAAGAGCAAAUCAAAAGUGAAGACAAGAAGCAAGUCGGAGAACUUGGAGAAUACGGUAAUCAUACCAGAUAUCAAACUACAUAGCAAUCCUUCUGCAUUUAAUAUUUAUUGCAAUGUACGCCAUUGCGUUCUGGAAUGGCAGAAAAAGGAAACAUCGUUGGCAGCGGCUUCUAAGAACUCUGUGCAGAGCGGAGAAUCAGAUAGUGAUGAAGAGGAGGAAUCCAAAGAGCCCCCUAUCAAGCUUCCAAAGAUCAUUGAAGUUGGACUUUGUGAAGUUUUUGAAUUGAUCAAGGAGACACGAUUUUCUCAUCCAUCCUUGUGCCUCAGGAGUCUCCAAGCCCUGCUUAACGUGCUUCAGGGUCAGCAACCGGAAGGCCUUCAGUCAGAGCCACCCGAGGUCCUAGAGUCUCUCUUCCAGCUCCUUUUGGAAAUCACUGUUCGAAGUACUGGAAUGAACGACAGCACAGGACAGUCUCUGACAGCACUUUCCUGCGCUUGUCUCUUCAGUCUGGUGGCUUCCUGGGGAGAGACAGGAAGGACACUCCAGGCCAUCUCUGCUAUCCUCACCAACAAUGGCAGCCACGCUUGCCAAACUAUUCAGGUGCCAAUGAUACUAAAUUCACUACAGAGAAGUGUACAGGCAGUGUUGGUGGGAAAAAUUCAAAUUCAGGACUGGUUUAGCAAUGGCAUUAAGAAAGCAGCUUUAAUGCACAAGUGGCCAUUAAAAGAAAUAUCUGUUGAUGAAGAUGAUCAAUGUCUACUUCAGAAUGAUGGAUUUUUUCUUUAUCUGUUAUGCAAAGAUGGAUUGUACAAAAUCGGCUCUGGAUACAGUGGAACGGUUAGGGGCCAUAUAUAUAAUUCUACAUCUCGCAUCAGAAACAGAAAAGAAAAAAAGUCUUGGUUAGGGUAUGCUCAGGGUUAUUUAUUGUAUAGAGAUGUGAAUAACCACAGCAUGACAGCCAUACGAAUAAGCCCUGAAACACUGGAACAGGAUGGCACUGUGCUGUUACCAGAUUGUCACACUGAAGGUCAAAAUAUUUUAUUCACUGAUGGAGAAUAUAUUAAUCAGAUAGCUGCUUCCAGAGAUGACGGGUUUGUUGUCAGAAUAUUUGCUACGAGCACAGAACCUGUGCUACAGCAAGAAUUACAGCUUAAACUGGCCAGAAAAUGCUUGCAUGCCUGUGGUAUCUCGCUAUUUGAUCUGGAAAAGGACUUGCAUAUUAUAAGCACCGGAUUUGAUGAGGAGUCAGCAGUUCUUGGUGCAGGACGAGAGUUUGCACUAAUGAAAACAGCAAAUGGAAAGAUAUAUUACACUGGCAAAUACCAGAGUCUCGGAAUCAAACAAGGUGGUCCUUCAGCAGGAAAAUGGGUUGAGCUACCAAUUACGAAAUCCCCAAAGAUCGUGCACUUUUCCGUUGGACAUGAUGGCUCUCACGCCCUUUUAGUUGCAGAAGAUGGAAGCAUAUUCUUCACAGGAUCUGCCAGUAAAGGAGAGGAUGGAGAAUCGACUAAGAGCAGGCGGCAAUCAAAACCUUACAAGCCUAAGAAGAUAAUUAAGAUGGAAGGAAAGAUUGUGGUGUAUACAGCCUGCAAUAAUGGAAGUAGUUCUGUUAUUUCUAAAGAUGGAGAGCUGUACAUGUUUGGAAAAGAUGCCAUUUACUCUGAUAGUUCAAGUUUGGUAACAGAUUUGAAGGGCCAUUUUGUAACUCAGGUAGCUAUGGGCAAAGCUCAUACGUGUGUCUUAAUGAAGAAUGGAGAAGUUUGGACAUUCGGUGUGAAUAAUAAAGGACAGUGUGGACGAGACACUGGUGCCAUGAGCCAAGGUGGGAAAGGGUUUGGAGUUGAAAAUAUGGCAACAGCAAUGGAUGAGGACCUGGAAGAGGAGCUGGACGAGAAGGACGAGAAGUCCGUGAUGUGCCCCCCGGGCAUGCACAAGUGGAAGUUGGAGCAGUGCAUGGUGUGCACCGUGUGCGGAGACUGCACGGGCUACGGGGCCAGCUGCGUCAGCAGCGGGCGUCCGGACAGAGUCCCCGGCGGGAUCUGUGGUUGUGGUUCUGGAGAAUCUGGCUGUGCUGUAUGUGGAUGUUGCAAGGCUUGUGCAAGAGAAUUGGAUGGUCAAGAGGCAAGACAAAGAGGAAUUCUUGACGCAGUGAAAGAGAUGAUACCUUUAGAUCUUCUGUUAGCUGUCCCAGUGCCCGGGGUUAACAUUGAAGAACACCUUCAGUUACGCCAAGAAGAGAAACGGCAACGUGUAAUCAGGAGACACAGAUUAGAUGAAGGAAGAGGCCCCCUUGUAUUUGCUGGUCCUAUUUUUAUGAACCACCGAGAACAGGCUCUAGCCAGACUCAGAUCCCAUCCAGCACAGCUAAAGCAUAAGCGGGACAAGCACAAAGAUGGAAGUGGAGAACGAGGAGAAAAGGAUGCAAGCAAAAUCACAACAUACCCUCCAGGCUCCGUGCGAUUUGACUGUGAGCUCCGGGCAGUACAAGUCAGCUGUGGAUUUCACCACUCAGUGGUUUUAAUGGAAAAUGGCGACGUCUACACAUUUGGGUAUGGGCAACAUGGGCAGCUCGGACAUGGAGAUGUCAAUUCCAGGGGAUGUCCCACUCUUGUUCAAGCAUUGCCAGGCCCUAGCACACAAGUUACCGCAGGCAGUAACCACACGGCAGCGCUUUUAAUGGAUGGACAGGUCUUCACAUUCGGAAGCUUUUCUAAAGGACAGCUGGGUAGACCAAUUCUGGAUGUGCCAUAUUGGAAUGCAAAACCAGCUCCCAUGCCUAACAUUGGAUCAAAAUACGGAAGGAAAGCUACCUGGAUAGGCGCAAGUGGGGACCAGACUUUCUUACGAAUUGAUGAAGCACUUAUUAAUUCUCAUGUGCUUGCUACAUCAGAAAUUUUUGCCAGUAAACACAUUAUAGGCUUGGUACCUGCUUCUAUAUCAGAGCCUCCUCCAUUUAAGUGUCUUCUGAUAAAUAAAGUGGAUGGGAGUUGUAAAACUUUUAAUGACUCUGAACAAGAGGACCUGCAAGGAUUUGGUGUCUGUCUUGAUCCUGUGUAUGAUGUCAUUUGGAGGUUUCGGCCAAGCACUAGAGAACUGUGGUGUUACAACGCGGUGGUUGCCGAUGCCCGACUUCCCUCUGCAGCAGACAUGCAGUCCCGAUGCAGCAUUCUGAGUCCCGAGCUGGCCUUACCGACGGGCUCGAGGGCUCUCACCACCCGCUCUCACGCAGCUUUGCACAUUUUAGGUUGUCUUGAUACCUUGGCAACUAUGCAGGAUUUAAAAAUGGGUGUUGCGAGCACAGAGGAGGAAACUCAAGCAGUGAUGAAGGUUUAUUCCAAAGAAGAUUAUAGUGUAGUAAACAGGUUUGAAAGUCAUGGAGGGGGCUGGGGCUACUCUGCUCACUCCGUGGAAGCUAUACGUUUUAGUGCCGACACCGAUAUUUUACUUGGUGGUCUUGGUCUGUUUGGAGGUAGAGGAGAAUAUACUGCUAAAAUUAAGCUGUUUGAGUUAGGUCCUGAUGGAGGCGAUCAUGAAACUGACGGAGACCUUCUUGCAGAGACGGAUGUCUUGGCUUAUGACUGUGCUGCUAGGGAAAAAUAUGCAAUGAUGUUUGAUGAACCAGUCCUCCUGCAGGCAGGCUGGUGGUAUGUAGCCUGGGCGCGAGUGUCAGGACCCAGCAGUGACUGUGGAUCUCACGGACAAGCCUCUAUUACCACAGAUGAUGGGGUUGUUUUCCAGUUUAAAAGUUCAAAGAAAUCAAAUAAUGGCACAGAUGUUAAUGCUGGUCAGAUACCUCAAUUAUUAUACAGACUUCCAACUAGUGAUGGCAGUGCUUCAAAGGGCAAACAGCAAACCAGUGAACCUGUACAUAUUUUAAAGAGAUCUUUUGCAAGAACUGUCUCAGUGGAAUGUUUUGAGUCAUUGUUGAGUAUUCUUCACUGGAGCUGGACCACCUUAGUCUUAGGAGUUGAAGAACUUAGAGGAUUAAAAGGAUUCCAGUUUACAGCUACGCUUCUAGAUUUAGAGAGACUGCGCUUUGUAGGCACCUGUUGUCUGAGGUUAUUGCGUGUCUAUACCUGUGAAAUUUACCCAGUGUCAGCUACAGGAAAAGCUGUUGUAGAAGAAACUAGCAAGUUAGCAGAAUGUAUUGGAAAAACCAGAACUUUGUUAAGAAAAAUUUUGUCCGAAGGAGUUGACCACUGCAUGGUGAAACUGGAUAAUGACCCCCAAGGAUAUCUCAGUCAACCCUUGAGUCUCCUAGAAGCUGUCCUUCAGGAAUGUCAUAAUACCUUCACUGCCUGUUUCCAUUCUUUCUAUCCAACUCCUGCCUUACAGUGGGCUUGCCUUUGUGACCUGCUGAAUUGUUUGGAUCAGGAUAUCCAAGAGGCAAACUUCAAGACGUCAAGCAGCCGGCUCCUUGCAGCUGUGAUGUCAGCUCUGUGUCACACGUCCGUCAAGCUGACUUCCAUCUUCCCUAUCGCAUAUGAUGGAGAAGUACUGCUACGGUCAAUUGUUAAACAAGUUAGCACAGAGAACGACUCCACACUGGUUCACCGAUUUCCCCUUUUGGUAGCACAUAUGGAAAAACUCAGCCAGAAUGAAGAGAAUAUCUCCGGUAUGACAAGCUUCCGUGAAGUUCUGGAGAAAAUGCUGGUAAUUGUGGUGCUCCCCGUCAGAAACAGCCUGAGGAGAGAAAACGAGCUCUUCUCCUCCCACCUGGUCUCCAACACCUGCGGAUUGCUGGCCAGCAUUGUCAGUGAACUGACAGCAUCUGCCCUGGGAUCUGAGGUUGAUGGCCUUAAUUCUCUUCACUCUGUUAAAGCCAGUGCUAACCGAUUCACAAAGACAAGUCAGGGGAGAAGUUGGAACACCGGGAAUGGGUCCCCAGAUGCCAUCUGUUUUUCGGUAGACAAGCCUGGAAUAGUUGUGGUCGGUUUUUCUGUCUAUGGAGGAGGUGGAAUUCAUGAAUAUGAAUUAGAGGUUUUGGUUGAUGAUAGUGAGCAUGCAGGGGAUUCAACUCAUUCUCACAGAUGGACAUCUCUAGAAUUAGUCAAAGGAACUUACACAACAGAUGAUUCACCCAGUGAUAUAGCUGAAAUCAGACUUGACAAAGUUGUUCCUUUAAAGGAAAAUGUUAAAUACGCUGUGCGCUUGAGGAACUAUGGAAGCCGCACAGCCAAUGGAGAUGGAGGAAUGACCACGGUCCAGUGCCCUGAUGGCGUGACGUUCACGUUCAGUACAUGCAGCUUGAGCAGUAAUGGCACAAACCAAACCAGAGGGCAGAUUCCCCAGAUACUCUACUACAGGAGUGAAUUUGAUGGAGAUUUACAAUCCCAACUUCUAAGCAAAGCCAAUGAAGAAGAUAAAAACUGUAGCCGAGCUCUCUCUGUGGUAAGCACUGUUGUUCGAGCGGCAAAAGACCUCUUGCACAGAGCUCUUGCUGUGGAUGCUGAUGACAUUCCAGAGCUGCUUAGCUCCUCCAGUCUGUUUUCCAUGCUGCUUCCCCUUAUUAUAGCCUACAUAGGACCAGUAGCUGCUGCUAUUCCUAAGGUGGCUGUAGAAGUCUUUGGACUUGUCCAACAGUUACUUCCUUCAGUUGCCAUUCUGAAUCAGAAGUAUGCACCCCCUGCCUUCAAUCCUAAUCAGUCAACAGACAGUACCACAGGAAACCAGCCUGAGCAAGGCCUGUCUGCCUGUACGACCUCUAAUCACUAUGCCGUCAUAGAGAGCGAGCACCCCUAUAAGCCUGCGUGUGUCAUGCACUACAAGGUGACAUUCCCAGAGUGCGUGCGGUGGAUGACGCUCGAGUUUGACCCUCAGUGUGGCACUGCGCAGUCAGAAGACGUCCUCCGUUUGUUGAUCCCCGUUAGAACUGUUCAGAAUUCAGGAUAUGGACCAAAGUUGACAGCUGUUCAUGAAAAUCUGAAUUCCUGGAUAGAACUAAAGAAAUUUUCAGGGUCCUCUGGGUGGCCUACUAUGGUUUUAGUGUUGCCAGGGAAUGAGGCCCUUUUUUCAUUGGAGACUGCAUCAGAUUAUGUGAAAGAUGACAAAGCUUCUUUCUAUGGUUUCAAAUGUUUUGCAAUUGGAUAUGAGUUUAGCCCUGGACCUGAUGAGGGAGUCAUUCAGUUGGAAAAAGAACUAGCUAAUCUCGGUGGGGUUUGUGCAGCAGCUUUGAUGAAAAAGGAUUUAGCACUUCUUAUUGGUAAUGAAUUAGAGGAGGAUCUUGAAAUUCUUGAAGAGGCUGCUUUACAGGUGUGCAAAACCCAUUCUGGUAUUCUUGGAAAGGGUUUAGCUCUUUCUCAUUCACCAACUAUAUUGGAGGCACUGGAAGGAAACUUACCACUUCAAAUCCAGAGCAAUGAACAAUCGUUUCUGGACGAUUUUAUUGCCUGUGUUCCAGGAUCAAGUGGUGGAAGGCUUGCAAGGUGGCUUCAGCCAGAUUCCUAUGCUGAUCCUCAGAAAACAUCUUUGAUUCUGAAUAAGGAUGAUAUUCGGUGUGGUUGGCCUACCACCAUCACGGUGCAAACGAAAGACCAGUAUGGGGAUGUGGUACACGUUCCCAACAUGAAGGUGGAAGUGAAAGCCGUUCCUGUUUCUCAGAAAAAAACAUCUUUACAACAAGAGCAAGUAAAGAAACCUCAGAGGAUUCCUGGUAGCCCUGCAGUACCACCUGCAUCUGCUGAUAGUGACAUGACCUUUGGCGGACUGGCAUCCCCAAAGCUGGAUGUUUCGUAUGAACCCAUGAUAGUGAAGGAGGCUCGAUAUAUUGCCAUAACAAUGAUGAAGGUUUAUGAAAAUUACUCAUUUGAAGAACUGCGUUUUGCAUCACCAACUCCUAAGAGACCCAGUGAGAAUAUGCUGAUUCGUGUUAAUAAUGAUGGCACUUACUGUGCCAACUGGACUCCAGGGGCUAUUGGGCUCUACACUAUUCAUGUUACCAUCGAUGGCAUUGAAAUAGAUGCUGGCCUAGAAGUCAAAGUAAAAGACCCACCAAAAGGAAUGAUACCACCAGGAACUCAGCUGGUCAAACCAAAGACUGAGCCUCAACCAAAUAAGGUUCGAAAAUUUGUGGCCAAGGACAGUGCGGGGCUCCGUAUCCGCAGCCACCCUUCCCUUCAGAGUGAGCAGAUAGGCAUAGUGAAGGUCAAUGGAACCAUCACUUUCAUUGAUGAGAUCCACAAUGAUGAUGGUGUGUGGCUGAGGCUGAAUGAUGAGACGAUAAAGAAGUACGUUCCUAACAUGAAUGGUUACACCGAAGCCUGGUGCCUCUCUUUUAAUCAGCAUCUUGGGAAAAGUCUUCUGGUCCCUGUUGACGAACCUAAAACUAAUACUGAUGACUUUUUCAAAGACAUAAACUCCUGCUGCCCACAGGAAGCCACAAUGCAAGAACAAGAUAUGCCGUUCUUGCGAGGAGGGCCAGGCAUGUACAAGGUAGUGAAGACGGGACCUUCCGGUCACAACAUCAGAAGCUGCCCUAACCUUAGAGGUAUCCCAAUUGGAAUGUUAGUUCUGGGAAACAAAGUCAAAGCAGUGGGAGAGGUAACCAAUUCUGAAGGUACAUGGGUGCAGCUGGAUAAGAACAGCAUGGUAGAGUUCUGUGAGAGUGAUGAAGGAGAGGCAUGGUCCUUAGCUAGAGACAGAGGCGGAAACCAGUACCUCCGACAUGAAGAUGAACAAGUUCUUCUGGAUCAAAAUUCUCAAACUCCUCCUCCAAGCCCUUUCUCAGUACAAGCUUUUAAUAAAGGGGCAAGCUGCAGUGCCCAAGGAUUUGAUUAUGGACUUGGAAAUAAUAAAGUCUUGACUGUUUUGCCCACUGCAGGUGACCAACUGAGUGCCAUAUUGAAUUCCAUUCAGUCACGACCCAAUCUCCCAGCUCCUUCCAUCUUUGAUCAAGCUGCAAAACCUCCCUCUUCCCUAGUCCACAGCCCAUUUGUGUUUGGACAGCCCCUUUCCUUCCAGCAGCCUCAGCUUCAGAAAUCUCCAUCUCGCAACCUUGCUUCUCGUGAGCGCAUUUACAAAAAUUAUGGUGUAGCUGGGCCUGCCUCUGCUCUCUCAUCUCUGUCUCACAAACUGAAGGGUGACCGAGGAACUAUCUCAACAUCUGCUAGACCCGUCUGUACAUCAGGAAAAUCAGAACUGUCCUCCAAACACAGCAGAACACUUAAACCUGAUGGACGUAUGAGCCGGACUACUGCUGACCAGAAGAAGCCAAGGGGUACAGAAGGGCUAUCGGCUAGUGAAUCUCUCAUGUUGAAAUCUGAUGCUGCAAAGUUGCGGUCAGAUUCUCAUAGUCGGUCAUUGUCCCCCAACCACAACACCUUGCAGACACUAAAAUCUGACGGGAGGAUGUCUUCCGGCUUCAGAGCCGAGUCCCCAGGCCCAGGUUCUCGGUCAUCCUCUCCCAAGCCAAAGACGCUCCCAGCCAAUAGGUCUAGCCCAUCCGGUGCUAGUUCUCCACGAUCCUCCUCACCGCAUGAUAAAAAUCUACCUCAGAAAAGCACUGCUCCUGUUAAGACGAAACUCGAUCCUCCCCGGGAACGUUCCAAAUCGGAUUCUUACACCCUUGAUCCAGAUACCCUCCGCAAGAAGAAAAUGCCCCUCACAGAACCCUUGAGGGGGCGAUCAACAUCACCAAAACCAAAACCAGUACCAAAGGAUUCUAAAGAUUCCCCCGGAUCCGAAAACAGAGCUCCCUCUCCCCACGUGGUACAAGAAAACCUCCACAGUGAGGUGGUUGAAGUCUGCACCUCAAGUACUUUAAAAACCAACAGCCUAACAGACAGCACCUGUGAUGAGAGCAGUGAAUUUAAGAGUGUGGAUGAAGGUUCAAAUAAAGUGCAUUUCAGCAUAGGGAAAGCACCGCUGAAAGAGGAACAGGAAAUGAGGGCGUCCCCCAAAAUAAGUCGGAAAUGUGCUAACAGGCACACCAGGCCCAAGAAGGAAAAAUCCAGCUUUCUCUUCAAAGGAGAGGGAUCCAAACCUUUGGAGCCAGCCAAACAAGCCAUGUCCCCUUCCGUGGCUGAGUGUGCCCGGGCUGUCUUCGCCUCUUUCCUGUGGCACGAAGGCAUAGUACAUGAUGCCAUGGCUUGUUCUUCUUUCUUAAAAUUUAAUCCGGACCUGUCCAAAGAACACGCUCCUAUAAGAAGUAGCUUAAACAGCCAGCAGCCUACAGAAGAAAAAGAAACCAAAUUAAAAAACAGACACUCGUUGGAAAUAUCAUCAGCACUGAAUAUGUUUAAUAUUGCACCUCAUGGGCCAGACAUAUCUAAAAUGGGUAGCAUCAACAAAAAUAAGGUGUUGUCCAUGCUGAAGGAACCCCCUCUGCAUGAAAAAUGUGAAGACGGGAAAGCCGAGGCCACUUUUGAGAUGUCCACGCACCACGCGACGAAGUCGAAGUCGCCGCUGCCCUUGACGCUGCAGCACCUGGUGGCUUUCUGGGAAGACAUCUCUUUGGCCACUAUCAAAGCAGCGUCCCAGAACAUGAUCUUCCCAAGUCCCGGUUCUUGUGCCGUCCUCAAAAAGAAAGAGUGUGAGAAAGAGAGUAAGAAGGCAAAAAAAGAAAAGAAGAAGAAAGAGAAGACCGAAGUCCGGCCCAGGGGCAAUCUGUUUGGGGAGAUGGCCCAGCUGGCGGUAGGAGGACCAGAGAAAGACACCAUCUGUGAGCUGUGUGGGGAGUCCCACCCGUACCCCGUGACGUACCACAUGAGGCAGGCUCACCCAGGCUGUGGCCGAUAUGCUGGUGGGCAAGGUUACAAUAGCAUCGGGCACUUCUGUGGCGGAUGGGCUGGUAACUGUGGCGACGGUGGCAUAGGAGGAAGCACGUGGUACCUGGUGUGCGAUCGCUGCAGGGAGAAGUACCUCCGCGAGAAACAGGCCGCUGCCCGGGAGAAGGUCAAGCAGUCCAGGAGGAAGCCGAUGCAAGUGAAGACCCCGCGUGCCUUGCCCACCAUGGAGGCCCACCAGGUGAUUAAAGCCAACGCCCUCUUCCUGCUGUCCCUGAGCAGCGCGGCCGAGCCCAGCAUCCUGUGCUACCACCCCGCAAAGCCCUUCCAGUCUCAGCUGCCCAGCGUGAGAGAGGGCAUUUCCGAGGACCUUCCCGUUAAAAUGCCUUGUCUCUACCUGCAGACAUUAGCUAGGCAUCAUCAUGAAAAUUUCGUGGGCUAUCAAGAUGACAACCUAUUCCAGGAUGAAAUGAGGUACCUGCGUUCUACAUCUGUGCCCGCCCCGUACAUAUCAGUAACUCCCGAUGCGAGUCCCAACGUAUUUGAAGAGCCAGAGAGCAACAUGAAGUCCAUGCCACCCAGUUUGGAAACUAGUCCCAUAACUGAUACUGAUCUUGCAAAGAGAACAGUCUUCCAAAGAUCCUACUCCGUUGUUGCUUCUGAAUAUGAUAAACAGCACUCCAUCUUACCUGCACGAGUUAAAGCCAUUCCUCGGAGAAGAGUUAACAGUGGAGACACUGAAGUGGGUUCCUCGCUCUUGAGGCAUCCGUCUCCCGAGCUGUCCCGGCUCAUCUCAGCCCACAGCUCCCUCUCCAAAGGAGAACGGAACUUCCAGUGGCCAGUCUUAGCCUUUGUCAUACAGCAUCAUGAUCUAGAAGGUCUGGAAAUAGCAAUGAAACAGGCGUUAAGGAAAUCUGCUUGUCGAGUUUUUGCUAUGGAGGCUUUCAACUGGCUUCUGUGUAACGUCAUCCAGACCACUUCUCUCCAUGAUAUUCUGUGGCAUUUCGUGGCAUCUCUGACUCCUGCUCCAGUGGAACCAGAGGAAGAAGAGGAUGAGGAAAAUAAAACAAACAAAGAAAAUGCAGAACAAGAGAAAGAUACAAGGGUGUGUGAGCAUCCGCUCUCAGAUAUAGUGAUUGCCGGGGAAGCCGCUCAUCCUUUACCACACACGUUUCACCGCCUACUUCAGACCAUCUCCGAUCUUAUGAUGUCUCUCCCCAGUGGCAGUUCAUUACAGCAGAUGGCCCUGAGGUGCUGGAGUCUGAAAUUCAAGCAAUCUGAUCACCAGUUCCUCCAUCAGAGCAAUGUCUUUCAUCACAUUAACAAUAUUUUGUCAAAAUCAGAUGAUGGAGACAGUGAAGAGAGUUUUAGCAUCAGCAUACAGUCUGGCUUUGAAGCUAUGAGUCAGGAAUUGUGCAUAGUUAUGUGCUUAAAGGACUUAACCAGCAUUGUUGACAUAAAAACUUCAAGCCGACCUGCCAUGAUUGGCAGUUUGACAGAUGGUUCCACAGAAACCUUUUGGGAGUCAGGAGAUGAGGAUAAAAACAAAACUAAGAACAUCACCAUCAACUGUGUAAAAGGCAUCAAUGCCCGCUAUGUAUCUGUUCAUGUGGACAAUUCCCGAGAUCUUGGGAAUAAAGUCACCUCAAUGACCUUCUUAACUGGCAAAGCAGUAGAAGAUUUGUGCAGAAUAAAGCAGGUUGAUCUGGAUUCCAGGCACAUUGGUUGGGUAACAAGUGAACUUCCAGGAGGGGAUAAUCACAUCAUCAAAAUUGAAUUAAAGGGCCCAGAAAAUACACUGAGAGUUCGACAGGUUAAGGUCUUGGGCUGGAAGGAUGGCGAAAGCACAAAAAUUGCUGGCCAGAUCUCAGCCAGUGUGGCCCAGCAAAGGAACUGUGAAGCUGAGACUCUGCGAGUGUUCAGACUUAUUACAUCUCAAGUAUUUGGAAAGCUCAUCUCUGGAGAUGCAGAACCCACACCAGAACAAGAGGAAAAAGCACUGUUGUCAUCGCCUGAAGGAGAGGAAAAAGUAUACAAUGCAACAUCAGAUGCUGACCUGAAAGAACAUAUGGUUGGAAUCAUCUUCAGCAGAAGUAAACUGACUAACCUACAAAAACAGGUGUGUGCUCACAUUGUCCAGGCCAUCCGCAUGGAAGCCACCAGGGUCCGUGAGGAAUGGGAACAUGCCAUAUCAAGCAAAGAAAAUGCCAAUUCCCAGCCCAAUGACGAAGAUGCCUCCUCUGACGCCUACUGCUUUGAGCUGCUCUCCAUGGUCCUGGCCUUGAGCGGCUCUAACGUGGGCCGGCAGUACUUGGCCCAGCAGCUGACCCUGCUCCAGGACCUCUUCUCACUGCUCCACACCGCCUCCCCACGCGUCCAGAGACAGGUGACCUCCUUACUAAGACGAGUUUUGCCUGAAGUGACCCCUAACCGUCUGGCCAGCAUUAUAGGAGUCAAGUCUCUCCCGCCAGCAGAUAUCAGUGACAUUAUUCACUCGACAGAGAAAGGAGAUUGGAAUAAGCUAGGGAUCUUGGACAUGUUUCUAGGCUGCAUCGCCAAAGCCCUCACAGUGCAGCUGAAAGCCAAAGGCACCACCAUCACGGGGACAGCUGGCACCUCCGUGGGCAAGGGAGUGACCACAGUCACCCUCCCGGUGAUCUUCAAUUCCAGUUACAUCCGUCGAGGUGAGAGUCAUUGGUGGAUGAAAGGCUCCACUCCUACCCAGAUCUCAGAGAUCAUCAUUAAACUUGUUAAGGAUAUGGCUGCAGGUCAUUUGUCAGAAGCGUGGUCAAGAGUGACAAAAAAUGCCAUUGCAGAAACCAUUAUUGCCCUGACCAAGAUGGAGGAGGAAUUCAGAUCUCCAGUGAGAUGUAUUGCAACAACUAGGCUCUGGCUUGCUCUGGCCUCACUGUGCGUUCUCGACCAGGACCAUGUCGACCGCCUCUCCUCAGGGAGAUGGAUGGGAAAGGAUGGACAGCAGAAACAAAUGCCAAUGUGUGAUAACCACGAUGACGGUGAAACUGCGGCAAUCAUUUUGUGCAAUGUGUGUGGGAACCUGUGCACUGACUGCGACAGAUUCCUUCAUCUUCAUCGGCGAACCAAAACUCAUCAAAGGCAGGUCUUCAAGGAAGAAGAAGAAGCUAUAAAGGUUGACCUUCAUGAAGGUUGUGGCAGAACCAAACUGUUCUGGUUGAUGGCACUAGCAGAUUCUAAAACAAUGAAGGCAAUGGUGGAAUUCCGAGAACACACAGGAAAACCCACCACAAGCAGCUCGGAGGCGUGCCGUUUCUGUGGCUCCAGGAGUGGAACAGAGUUGUCUGCCGUUGGCAGUGUUUGUCCCGACGCAGACUGCCAGGAGUAUGCUAAGAUAGCCUGUAGCAAGACCCAUCCUUGUGGCCAUCCAUGUGGAGGUGUUAAAAACGAAGAGCACUGUCUGCCCUGUCUACACGGCUGUGAUAAAAGUGCCACCACCCUGAAGCAGGACGCCGACGACAUGUGCAUGAUCUGUUUCACGGAAGCACUCUCGGCCGCGCCGGCCAUUCAGCUGGACUGCAGUCACGUAUUCCACUUACAGUGUUGUCGACGAGUUUUGGAAAACAGAUGGCUUGGUCCAAGGAUAACGUUUGGAUUUAUAUCUUGUCCCAUUUGCAAGAACAAGAUAAAUCAUAUAGUGUUAAAAGACCUGCUUGAUCCAAUAAAAGAGCUCUAUGAGGAUGUCAGAAGAAAAGCCCUGAUGAGACUGGAAUAUGAGGGUCUGCAUAAGAGCGAAGCUAUCACAACUCCUGGUGUGAGAUUUUACAAUGACCCCGCUGGCUACGCCAUGAAUAGAUACGCAUAUUAUGUCUGCUACAAAUGCAGAAAGGCAUAUUUUGGUGGUGAAGCUCGCUGCGAUGCUGAGGCUGGACAAGGGGAUGAUUAUGAUCCCAGAGAACUCAUUUGUGGUGCCUGUUCUGAUGUGUCCAGGGCUCAGAUGUGUCCAAAACAUGGCACAGACUUUUUGGAAUAUAAGUGUCGCUACUGUUGCUCAGUGGCUGUCUUUUUCUGUUUCGGAACAACGCAUUUUUGUAACGCUUGCCAUGAUGAUUUUCAGAGAAUGACUAGCAUUCCUAAGGAAGAACUUCCACACUGUCCUGCAGGUCCCAAAGGCAAACAGUUAGAAGGAACCGAAUGUCCUCUCCAUGUUGUUCAUCCCCCCACCGGAGAAGAGUUUGCUCUGGGUUGUGGAGUGUGCAGAAAUGCUCACACUUUUUAGAACACUCAGAUUCCUUUGUCUACAGAGAGAGAAGUUGCCUUCAUCUCCCAAGUGGAUGUGGUGAAGUUUAAACUCUGCUCAGGAUAAGGACGGGACCAUUUUUACAUCCAUAAAAAUGAACCAUUCACAGUGCAAGAAGGAUGCCAAAUACCAUGUACAUAAUUCUUGCUAUGGAAAGUUUCCCCAUUGUUUCAGUUUAUCUUCUUUUGAACCAAGACAUCAAACUUGUGAGGUGUUUGCAUGUGGCCAUUUUUGUCAUUGGCCUGUGAAGCAUUGGACAUUUAUAGAUAAUUGAUAUCAAAGAAUUGCCAUGCCCAUGGACUAAGAAUGAUGCUGGCUUUCAAGCAAAAAAAAAAAAAAGAAAAAUAAUCAUUGUUUAUUGUAUACUGCCUUUUUGUAAUCCUGUACAAUUGCAUCACGGGUGGGGAUAAAAAGAGGAAUAUUCUGUUUUAUUUCCUAGACUGUUAUUUAAAAAAAAAAAUUGUGUUAGGAUGGCAUAUAAAUGUAAUAAGUAUCACUGUAUAUAAAGAUAUCAAUGUUUGUCCUGUAUAAGAAUUACUAAAUUACAAAUGCAGUUUCAUUUAAACUUCUAGGUUAAGUUUGAGCCUGAAAUUUUAAUGAAGUGCAAUACUGAGUGUGCCUCAUUAUCUCGCAGCUGUAAACAUUGGAAUGUACAUGUCAAUAAACCACUGUACAUUUUUAUACAGUGACAAAGUC